GACGAACCCUUCUUACUCGACGACCUUGAUGGUUUCAAGAACGCUUUCCGCCUCCCUCGGGCGUGCUCUUCGCGGCGCAGCGCGCACUCCGCGAUCAUUGCGGUCGUUUGCGACGGCAGUCAACAUUCCCAGCCCUAUUACAGAGUCCACGACACUGUCUAAUGGCCUGACUGUCGCGACGGAAUCAAAUCCUCACGCGCAGACUGCAACGGUUGGUGUGUGGAUCGACGCGGGCUCGAGGGCAGAGACGGACAAGACGAAUGGCACCGCGCACUUCCUCGAGCAUAUGGCCUUCAAGGGCACGAACCGCCGCUCUCAGCAUGCACUAGAGCUUGAGGUUGAGAACAUCGGUGCGCACCUCAACGCGUACACGUCUCGCGAGCAGACAGUCUACUACGCCAAGAGCUUCCGCAAGGACGUCGGUACGGCGGUGGACAUCAUCAGCGACAUUCUGCAGAACUCGAAGCUCGAGAACACUGCCAUCGAGCGAGAGCGCGAUGUCAUUCUCCGCGAGCAGCAGGAGGUCGACAAGCAGAUGGAGGAAGUUGUUUUCGACCACCUCCACUCCGUCGCGUUCGCGGGUCAACCCUUGGGCAGAACCAUCCUCGGCCCCAAGCAGAACAUCCUUUCCAUCAGCCGUGAUGACCUCGCAUCCUACAUCCAGACCAACUACACUGCGGACCGCAUGGUUCUUGUCGGCACUGGCGGUGUUGACCACCAGGAGCUUGUGAAGCUCGCGGAGAAACACUUCUCUGGCCUCCCCGUCUCGUCCAACCCCAUCCCCCUCGGACGUCUAGCCCAUCCCAAGACGAAGUUCGUCGGUCAGGAAGUACGGAUACGCGAUGACACCAUGCCCACCGCGCACAUUGCCAUCGCCGUGGAGGGUGUUGGCUGGAGCUCACCUGACUACUUCCCCAUGCUCGUCAUGCAAUCGAUCUUCGGCAACUGGGACCGUUCACUCGGUGCCGCUGGCCUGAUGUCGUCACGUCUGUCCCAUAUCAUUUCGUCGAACAACCUUGCGAACAGCUACAUGUCGUUCUCGACUUCCUACUCUGACACUGGUCUCUGGGGCAUCUACCUCGUGACGGAGAACUACAUGAAUAUGGAUGACCUCGCACACUUCACGCUCAAGGAGUGGACGCGGAUGUCAAUCGGCCCGACGGAGGUUGAGGUAGAGCGUGCGAAGAGCCAGCUGAAGGCCAGCUUGCUCCUUAGCUUGGAUGGCUCCACUGCCGUUGCGGAGGAUAUUGGGCGACAGCUUGUGACGAGCGGCCGCCGCAUGACGCCCAAGCAGAUCGAGCAUGCGGUCGACGCAGUCACUCCUGCGGAGAUUAAGCGGGUAGCGCAGAAAUACCUGUGGGAUCAGGAUAUCGCCAUAACUGCUAUGGGUCCUAUUGAGGGCCUGCUAGACUACAACCGUAUCCGUGCUGACAUGUCAUCGUUGCUGUACUAGACGAGGGACAUUGAGGGAUAGACGUAAAAGUAGUCGCUACUUCCACUUUUUGUCACUAGAUAGGGAAGUGGGGUUAAUUCUUUGCCGCCUUGUCGUGUGCCUUUGGUGAGGAUGCAAUCGUCCACGCUGGUUUCACCUUGUGUACCACUUCUUCGUGUCCUCCGUAGCUGCACGGGUGCACUUCAUUGUAGCCAAUAUCAUCAUCUAACUCC